ACGCGAAAAGGCUUGCGUUUCGUGACUCGAAUCAAUUCGUUGAAGCACGUAUCUGUAAGUCACGCGUUCGCGAAUGGCCUUCAACUUAAGAUACAAAAGGCAACUGUGUGACGUUCGUCCUCGCGCAAAGUUCUUGAGUGCAUAAAACCCCCAAAGGACACUUUAAGAAGUGCUUUCAGUGUAAACAUUAUUGUUCUUCAAGGACUCUUUUUCGAGAAUCUCACGUCGUCCUAAUUCCAGUGUGGUGCGUUUUCGACAUUUACGGAUAGAACUGCGGCGUUAAUGAUGUCAUAUAACGGAAUAGCAGAAGAAGUGGUGGUGAUACCGUGAUAUUAAGUGGAGAGAGUGGAAAGGCGGUGCAGUGGUGAUUUUCUCGCUACAUAGAAAAAAUUGAUUAAAUACGACUGCCCAACAGAGAAAAACUACAAGAAAAGCUCUGAAUGAUACGUGCGUAUACGCCAGCUACGAGUCAGCUUACGCAUCUAUUGCAAUAUCUCAAGAGGAAAUUCGAAUUCCGGUGAAAGUAAGAAGCACCUUCAAUUUCCACGCUCUAGCAUUCGCGUGUAAGCCCAAGAUCUUCUGGGUAACCUUUAAGUGAAUUUCAUGCACGGUAGCCAACUUCUAUCUCGUCUCCGUAUCUAAAAUCAACAUUACAUUAUCUUUUUGAUGGAAGUCCGCCGAGCGAUGUAAGAAAAGAAAAGCAAUCUAGCGGCGCAAUGGUUUCGUAACAUCGUACAGCACCGCGUAACCAUUAUUCAUCGGAAAACAAAACAAUAGACCAAUAAAACUCUCAAUGAACUUUCUUGUACAAAUGGCCGACUUGAUUCGGCGAAAAGACAUUUAGCAAGUCGUUAGCUGGAUACAUGCGAACACACCUAAUCGGAUUGCAUGAAAAUGUCCAUUUAACAUCGUCGCCUCGGCUAAAGAGCAACAGGUGAACAAAGGCCGGACAAAUGCUAAUUGCCAUGCCAACAGGUUGUUGCUAUGGAACGGAAUCAACGGCGCCCACCUGACGUAAAUGAGGCUCUGUCCUCAAUGCUAUGGACACCAUACGAAAGGACACCCUCGGAAAGUUCCUCAGAUGAUGACGAGAGAUUAAACGCUAAAUUGAAAAAGUCUAAAAGCACCUUCGACUACAAUUUUCCUACUAAAAAUAAUAAUAACACAACUACUAGUACUACUACUCAAUAUGUGCCUUCGUUUAGGAAAAUUCAACGCUAUGACAAUUUUAGAUUUAGCUAUCCGUACUACGGGCCGAUUCCUAUUGUGCAGAAAUGUAUUUCGGAACUGCCAUCCUACGACUCGCUGUACCACAAUAACAUGACACCGGAGCUGACCAGCAUAACAGGGUUACAAAAUGGACGCUUGGUGCAUUCAUUUACGGAUAAUUUUUUGAUCCAGAGUCGUCCCUCGUCCGCUGGAGCAUUAUGCGAUUCGUCGACCGCUUUCCUGGGCCUGACGAGUUCUAUGAGUGGCUUUUCAAACAAUUUUACGGACGAAGAUGACGGUGAAGACUAUGAUGACGAAGAUGAUGAAGAUUUUGAUGAAUCGACGAAUAACAACAAUAAUGGGCCAAUACCGCCCCAAUUGGCAUCAAUGCCGUUCGAAGAACUGGCCCCAACCCCGCCGGGACAACCGAAUUCUUCGAAUGCGGCUGCUGCUAACAUUUCACAAUUACCUGCGUCCACUGCGGAGGAGGCUAAGAAUUGGUACCAAUGGCCAAGAGGCGACCAGAUUGCCGGAGCGGACGCGAUGCAAAGCGACAACAACGGAGACCUACUUCCAGCCAAAAAUAAUAACAUUUCCCAGAGACAGCAGCAGCAACAUUUAAGAAAGUACCAACUCCACCAUGAGCAACAUCGGGAACAACAACAAGCGAGGCAUCAGGCCCAAGACAAGCUUGAUCUCAGGAUGGCUGUGCAAACAAUACCAACACCGUGCCGAGAUCGAGACGUUGCCGUUGACGAGAUACAAGAUUUACCUGAAGAGACUGACCAGCCGGCAACACUAGCUCCGCUAAUAACAAUAGCACCAGAAACUCUAUCUGUAUCUGAACAGUGCAACAAAAACGGGGAGAAACCAGAUACGAAAUGUGUGCGCUCCGUGCAAACCGAUCUUGUCUUCAGUUCAGCGAGACUGGUUGAGACAAACGUUGAGUUCGGGGUUGCGUCUGUGCGUCAGCUCGUCGGUUUGAAUGCAUCCAUUGAUAGUUCCAAUCGGGGCAGCGCGACCGCGUCACCUGGUGAAAGUAGUGCUGUAAAUGUUGUUGAUGUCAAUGACAACGCCAACAGGAUCUGCAUCGAGCGACGACCUUUAAUCCUGGAUGUGCGCAACUCCUUGUUGGCAAUGCGACUGAAUAUUCCCGCCGCCCAGCCUUCCAUCGUCGACCCACUGAAGGGUACGUCGAUAGUGAGCAACAAUAACAAUGGGAAUAACGGUUCCGCGAUCACCACGACCAGUGUCUUUCUACCCUUGAAUGAGUCUUUGAUAUCGAGCAGGAUCUCGCGUAAUAGGAAUGCGAAUUUCGGUGUUAACGCGGUAGUGAAUGCUUCCACGGAAGUGCAUGGCUCGAAUUCAGGUGCUGCAACGACGGCUGCCAGUGCCAUAGUGCAGUCGAAGCCUGGCCUGACGAUCCAGGUUAACCAGGGUGGCGAUAGCCGGGCGACCCGGAGCAGCGGCCCGGGCAGCGCUCACAAUGGAGAAGGAUUCGCGAACAAAUGUGCGGGAAUCAGUGUUGUGAGUUGCUAUAGUGGUUCUACAGUGCCUAAUAGUUCUAUAAAUAAUAGUGUUGCGAAUGUUGUAACGACGUCGACAACAACGGGAACCGCGACCACUGAAACCGCGGAUACCUUCUCUGGCGGCGCUCAUAGUGUAAAUGUCAGCAGCGCUAAUGCCUCGAGUGAAUGUGAUAAUAACAACAGUGCAGUGCACAGCAAUGGAUUACAGCCAUCAGCAGAAACCAGUCAGCAAGAACCAGAUGGAAGUCAGCUGAACCAACAUCGCCCCCUGACUAGGACUUUCACUUCGACCGAAUGCCAGACGGAUGACCUCCCGCUGGUGGACCGAAAUGAGAUUUCGGCAGCGAUUGCUCAGAGUCAAACGGAGGCGCUCUUGUCGCGCGAACAGCGCCGUCGCGAGCGUCGGGAGAGGCGACAGCAAGGCCGUAUCCGCCACCCACAUAUCCUUCCUCCCAUGCACCACCAACCACCCCCGCCUCCUCCCCCACCGAUGAUUCGGCCCAGCAUGCUUCCCGAUAUCCUGCACAGUCAUUUUCCUCCUCCGUAUACGGCCUUGCAAUCGCUAGCGAAUCCUCCACCACCCCCGCCUCCCUCGUCGCUUAUCACACCAGUGAUUUCAACUGUUCCUAUGGCUACGGCCACUGCAGUUAACGACGGACGAUUUACGAUACCACUUCCAGUCAUCCGAAGGUCACCGUCGGAACGUUCUGGAAAAGGAUGCUGCGGGCAAUGGUUUGCUGGACCACCGCUACGAGCGUUGAUCGCUGUAGUGGCGUUGGGUGGUGUAGCAUGUGCCCUUGGUGGAGCAGCUUUGGGAGCGACAGGUUUAGCCGGACCACCUACAUCCCAUUUGACGGCGGCUUUAUUAAUGAUUGGUGUUGGAGUGAUUCUUGUAACGGUCAGCGGAGCAGCGUGGCGUAUGACCGCACCAGGUGGUCCACCGUGCUUAGGCCUAGGGUCAACAGUCGAUUUGGCUCGUUGCGGACGUCGACCGUGUAAUAGUCGUGGUGCACCCCAUGGACUUCUAUAUCCUGAAUUUCAGCAUAGGCCACCGCCACCCUCAUAUCAGGCCAGCAUGCAGGAGUAUCGACUCAGAUUACUACUUCUGGACCGGGAUCGGCAAAAUGGCGUUGUACGGGGCGGUUCACCCCCACCUACUUAUCGAUCGCACGCUGGAAGUUUGCUAAGAGCUCCUCUGAGUACAACAAGGAAUGGAUGUGGUGGACCAGGAUCUGAAUACAGUUUGCCUCCAAGUUAUCGUUCUCGCAACGCCAAUACAAAUACCAUCACAAGCAUAUCACGUCCGCCGACCACAACGCCUGGUAAUGAUUCGAUGGAGUCGUUAGACAGAAACAAUGCGCUCAGUAAUAAUAGCAGCAAUCAAAAUACGUUAUCAUCUUCGAAUAAUGGAAAUGUGCCACAAAACAUCGCGACAACUGCAACAUUAAUCGACCAACUUCAAAACACGGUGUCCUUGAUUCCUGAAACGACAUCAUCAAUUCAAGUCAAUUUUCCAAGUAGCACGUCUGCAACGAUGGCAACAUCCAUAACAACAUCAACGACACCAUCCAUAACCAAAGAAUCGGUCCACACGAUAGCGAUAGAAGCUGCUGGUGCUGCGCGACCCAACGAACAACAACACUUUUCAUCAAAUCAAAGCCAAAACCUUAACGAAAAACUUAAUCCUAGAGUUACUAAUAGUAAUAACAAUAAUAUUAAUUAUAAUAACAUUAGGACUAGCAAUUCUGUAAGCAGUAGUAGUAGUAGUAGCGUUAGUUGUACAAAAACUUCUGGUAGUCCUUCGAAAUCAAUGGCGUCGACGAUUCUAACAACAAUGGCUUCAACUGGUGCCAAAGCGACGACUUCUAGGAACGAACAAUCAUCUGCGCCCACCAGCAGUCGCAAGGAAUUGGUAACUAUCGUGACCAUUUCUGCAUCACAGGAGCCAGAAACGUCUCCUUCUGAAAUGGAAAUCCUUGCGCAUUUGUAGCGGAUUGUAGUCAAGAUUGUGGUCAUUUAGCGGAGACAUUCAUGAAUGGAGAAGAAUCGCCACAAUUCCUUGCGUUUGUAAUCCUUGUAUUUAUGAAAUUACUUAGAUUACUCCCUAGUUUGUCACUCCCUUUGUAAUCACCAUUUUCUAUCUUCAACUUCAGAGCCGAAUGGCUUGCAUAAUAGUCCUGCGGCAUUGAAAUAUACGGGAUGGAGGUUUAGAUCUGUGUUCAUUUAGUUCUUUGUUGCUACAUUCAACAGAUGUUGUGUUGCAUUUGAAAUAUGAGAAAAUGGGAAAAUUCUGCUCUAGUUGAAAUUGCACCACAUAAUUUGCCCUUGUGUGAACUCUUUUGAUUUUGGUUGUGUUUUCACACCAAUUGCCUUUGAUAAAUUUUGAUUCCAGUAUCUAUAUCUGUGCCCCGGUUACAACUUAGAGGCAACUUGCUAAAUGUCGCAAUUAACACGUUGGUCAGCGGUAAUCGGUUGCAGAGUGUGUCAUAGUUCAUGCAUGUGAUAAACGUGUUGACCUGGAAUGUGGCACUACAACUUUAAUUGAUAUGUAGCAUCCAAAUCUUCUAUUGUCGAGAGUUAGAAGAAACUUGGAUAAAUAUCUUUUCCCAUGUAAAAUAUUCUCUGUAUAUUAAAUUCAGUUAUUUAAUACAAUUGGUGGGAAAAGUUGUUCCCUGAAAUCUGGAAUGUAGUCACUGCACAACUUUUCUGGAUCCACUGUAAAACCCAAAGCUGUUUUAAAUGAGAGAAUUAUCUGAUAUCCUUUGUUGUUUCAUUCCAUUUAUGUGUAAACAGAAUGACGAUGAACUUGCAUCAUAUGCAACUCAAUGGAAUUUUUCGCUAUGGUAUUUCCGACCGAAUUUUCCCAUUUCGCUUUAUGAAUCAACGAUUGGCAACGUUGAUGGAAUACUUUUCACUGCCUUCCCACAUUGCUAAUUUGUAAUGUAAAUCUACCUAUAAAUCUAUAGAUAGGUAAUUAAUAACUUACGUGAUAAAGUUGCAAACAUGAUUAUUGCAUAGUUUUCAAAUUUGUGUUUUAAGAGAAGAUAGUUACUGGUAACAACACCCAAAACUGCAUCAACUCCCUUCUGAGAUACUUUACGCCUAUUCUAAUUCAAACCGAGGAAAGUAACAAUUCCUGCUAAACCAUGCUACAUACUUAGCUUUUCAAACAAUAGAGAAGAACUACGAAUAAAAGACACAACGUUAUUAAUAGGAUUUGCAUUGCGCAGGUAUCCUUUCACCCCCAAAGUUAUUUGUAGCCUUGUAGAGUAUAUUUUUUGAGAAACGAUGAUGAAGACAUAUUACGAGAAUUAUGUAUAUUCAAAACUGUAUGUAUUAAAAUAAAUAUAAAUGAAUAUUCUUUAUUUCUAAUAUUUUAGUUAGUUUUGAUAAUAAAUAUUGUAGGAAAAAUGAGUGAAAGCAAAAUUAUGAAUGCGGUAUUAUAUUUUAGGUAUAUAUCUACAUAUGUAUGCAAAACAAAUAUAUAACUGGAUUAUAUUGUUUUAAUCGUUUGUAAUAUUUUUUCCGCUGUAUAUAUUGUUUGAUAACACGAAGGAAAAAUACUAAAAAUAAACGUUAAUCUGAAAAG